AGUUGCAAUCCAGAGUCAUCAUAAGCUACUACAUCUUUUCGACUACUCCACGCAACACCAGCAUCAACAAAAACAACAACCACCACCAACGCAUAACUUACUAAUUUUCUAUGGCUUCUUCUUCUUCUCUGAAAUCUCGGUUAAUUGCCGAGGCGUAAGUUAUUAGGAAGAGUGUCGGGAAAUUGGAAAUGAACAAGAGAUAAAUGUUUUUAAGAAUUUGGGAAACGGAGACUCAUCACGGGCAGGUCUUGUUGGCCCUGCUCAAUAAUGUCCUAAUAUCGAAGUUUAUCUUCCAAAGUCGUUUAGGAAAUAUGUUGUCUAAUCAAGACAAGAAAGCAGCGGAGAUUCAGAUAUCCGAAGAAGAAAAUGACAAACUUACUAUAAAACCUCUUGGUGCUGGCCAAGAGGUUGGUAGAUCAUGUAUAGUAAUGGAGUUCAAAGGCAAAAAAAUCAUGCUUGAUUGUGGAAUUCAUCCAGGUCUUCAAGGUUUAGAUGCUUUGCCAUUUGUUGACCUUAUUGAAGCUAAUGAAAUAGAUUUACUUCUAAUUACUCAUUUUCAUUUGGAUCAUAGUGGAGCAUUGCCUUGGUUUUUACUCAAGACUAAAUUUAAAGGAAAAUGUUACAUGACUCAUGCAACUAAAGCUAUAUACAGAUGGUUAUUGUCAGAUUACAUUAAAGUCAGUAACAUUGGGACUGAACAAAUGCUUUAUACUGAAGCUGACUUAGAAAAGAGCAUGGAUCGCAUAGAAACUAUUAAUUUUCACGAAGAAAAAGAUGUAGGAGGAAUUCGCUUUUGUGCAUAUAAUGCGGGUCACGUAUUAGGUGCUGCAAUGUUCAUGAUUGAAAUUGCUGGAGUUAAAGUUUUAUAUACUGGAGACUUCUCUAGACAAGAAGAUAGACAUUUAAUGGCAGCUGAAAUACCGCCUACAAGACCUGAAAUUCUUAUUACAGAGUCUACUUAUGGAACCCAUAUUCAUGAAAAACGUGAAGAACGUGAACGUCGAUUUACUAUGCUUGUUCAUGAUAUAGUUAAUCGAGGUGGAAGAUGUCUCAUUCCAGUUUUUGCAUUAGGACGAGCUCAAGAAUUAUUAUUGAUUUUAGAUGAAUAUUGGGGUCUUCACCCAGAACUUCAUGAUAUUCCUAUUUAUUAUGCAUCAUCAUUGGCUAAAAAAUGUAUGGCUGUGUAUCAAACUUAUAUUAAUGCUAUGAAUGAUCGAAUCAAACGACAAAUUGCUGUUAAUAAUCCUUUUGUUUUUAAACAUAUAACUAACCUUAAAAGUAUUGAUCAUUUUGAAGAUAUUGGUCCUUGUGUUGUAAUGGCAUCACCAGGUGUUAUGGAGAGUGGACUGUCUAGAGAACUUUUUGAAAUGUGGUGUACAGAUAGUAAAAAUGGAGUUAUUAUUCCUGGUUAUGUGGUACAAGGGACACUAGCAAAGGCUAUUUUAUCUGAACCUGAAGAUAUCACAACAAUGACUGGACAAAAAUUACCUCUGAAAAUGUCUGUGGAUUAUAUUUCGUUUUCAGCACAUACAGAUUAUCAACAAACUCGAGAAUUUAUCAAUAUAUUAAAACCUCCUCAUAUUGUUUUGGUUCACGGAGAACAAAAUGAAAUGUUAAGAUUGAAGUCUGCAUUAGUUAGAGAAUACGAAGAAAAUUCUGAAGAUAUUAAAGUAUAUAACCCUCGGAAUACAGUCGGAGUAGAUUUUUAUUUUACUGGUGAAAAAACAGCUAAAGUAAUGGGAGAAAUAGCUGUGGAGAAACCAUUAGAAGAUAAUGUUUUAAGUGGAGUUUUAUUAAAAAAAAAUUUCAGCUAUCAUAUUUUUGCAGCUGAAGACAUUCCAAGAUAUUCUGACAUGUUAUUAAGUGAAAUUCAACAAAAACAACUCCAUAGAUUCACAGGAUCAUUUGUUUUACUACAAAAUAUGUUGUCCCAUUUGACUGGUAGUGUACCUGAAAUGAUUAUUCCAAACAAAAAGUUAAGAGUAUUAAAUUCAGUGGAUAUCUCUGUGGAUAAAAAUUUUGCUACUUUAGAAUGGACUACUACACCAGAAAAUGAUAUGUAUGCAGAUAUUGUUGUUCAAGUGUUGAUGAAAAUUCAAGCAAUGGAUCACGGGGAUAUGAAAAAUGUGUCAUCAGUGCCAUUUACUAAAUAUGAUCAUAUGCACUUUAAAGAGUGUUUAAUAGAAAUUUUACAAGAAAUGUUUGGAGAAGAGUCCGUGCCUAAAAUAUUUAGGGGUGAAAAAUUAUUUGUAGCUGUUGAUGGGAAAAAAGCUAAUAUAAAUUUAAAAAAUUUGGAAGUAACAUGUGAAGAUGAGGUAUUACAAAGAAUGGUACAAGCUGCUGUAUCUCGACUGCAUAACACAGUGACACCUAUUAAUAACCUAAGUACUUAAUUUGUAAAAUAGUUUUUAAUAAACACAUUUUUAUGUAUCAAA